AUGUGGAUUGAACAUCAUUUGCAGUCGGAAAUAUGGUUCGAAUGUGUGGCCGGCAGAAAAUGCUCACUUCCUGAACUUGCAGUGUUCAAUAGGGUGGGAGUGGAGCGUCCUGUGGAAACUUCGCACAGCGGCGCCUUCUCCAAACUCGCCCCUACUCCGGGCAUCCCAGCUUGGGAGGUGAAAGCGCGAAAAUUGCUGAAUGAGCAUGUGGUGGACGAACAGAUUCUGCUUGAGAGGCAGCAGAUUGAGUUGGUUGUCUACUGGCUGCAUAGGAAAAAGAGGAUGGAAAGGGAUGGCGGACAGGGAGGAGAAUUCGUCAUGAACUUUUGUGGUCUGAAUUUGAAGAACGAUUAA